UCGCCGAAACCGCGUUUACGUCAUGAAGACGCCCAUACAGACAGUAUUUGAUUGGAGAACAGUCAUUCUGAUCUUGUGACAAGGAAGUAAGGUGUGAAAACAGGGCUCUGAAGGAAGGGGCUGAAUUUAAUCUGAACCAUGGAUUACCGUAUGCUCUGCGUUGUUUUACUUUCUUUUCUCGCCUACACUAAUGCUGAGCAGGUGAAAUUUGUGGACUGUGGCUCAGUACAAGGUAAAGUUAUAGAGGUUGACAUCGUGCCCUGUCCACAACAGCCAUGCCCGCUUCACAAAGGACAGUCCUACACAGUCAAUGUAACCUUCACCAGUAAUGUUGCCAGUCAGACCAGCACAGCUUUGGUUCACGGUGUCGUCGCUGGUGUCCCCGUCCCCUUCCCUAUUCCUCAACCAGAUGGUUGCAAGUCUGGAAUUCAGUGUCCCAUUGAGCAGCAAAAAACGUACAGCUACGUUAACCAGUUGCCUGUCAAGAACGAGUAUCCAGCAAUAAAACUGGUCGUGGAAUGGGAAUUAAGAGACGACUCCAGCAAAGAUUUAUUUUGCAUCAAGUUCCCUGUUCAGAUUGUAAACUGAAGGCCAAUGCUGAAGCCAAAAACUCCUACAAAGGGAUACAGUUAAGAACCAAGACCUCUGGAUGUGUGCCUAAACACUUUUCUAUUGACCUCUUAGAGCUAAUAUUAGUAGAUGCAGAUUUUAUGAUUUAUUCUACUACUUUUUUUUUUUUUUUUCUAA